AUGCACGCGCCGGUCCCGUCGGCGCCGUCGGCGCCGGGGUCCGACGCGGCCCCGGUGCGACCGGCGUGGCUGGACGUUCGGAAGUGGAGGUGUCGCCGACGGGUCGACCACGCGGCGCUGCUGGUCGCCGCGAAGUGUGGAGGUUGCGUUUGGAAGCGGAGGAGCCUUAGAAUGAAGGCGGUCGCAACGAUCACUGAUCCGGCGGACCCACGAGUGGUCUUGUACCGAGUCAAAGAGCACCGAAAUCAACGCCAAUACGGGGAACAGAUCCGAAAACUCGCCAAAGCAGACAGACGUGAACAGCUGCGGCGCUUGCAGUCCAUUGUGGCCGUGCAUUACGGCAAAGAUUGUUUGGAACGUUUGAAGGCCCAAGGUUCGGCAUCUACCGCGGUCGUGUCCAUAGUAAUCAUGCAAGGCGCUUCAGCAGAACUAAUGAUGCUGGCGCAAAAGGUGUGUGAGACGUGCAGUGGAGACCUUUUCUUGUUGGCGCCAAACCUGGUGGACGAGUUCUGCAUGGACCUCGCUUGGGGCGAGCCAGUGCGCUAUGCAGUUACAUGGCCCAGGUCUUCGGAAUUAUACAUGAUGCCCCCACCCUUCUUGGUGCUUGAUGGGCUGGUGUCUGCGCAGAAUCUUGGCCAGGUUGUCAGGAGUGCCGUACUUUUGGGCAUCAAGUCCAUCAUUUUGUCACGCCCCACCUUCAACUGUUUGAAUGGCCGAGCGUGCCAUGCAUCGCAGGGCUGGCUCUACUAUGCGGAGUAUUUCUUGGCGGAAGACCUGCCGACAUCACUCAAAGAGCUGCAAACCCUUGGGAUUUGUGUGUAUGCUGCGGAGGAAUCACAUCCAAGAAUGGUAUCACCACAUCCUGACCCACGCUGGGCACUGGUGGUAGGCAAUGAGGAGCGAGGUGUCUCUGAAGAAGUCCUACGCUGCUGCAACGACUUCCUCCGAGUGCCCCAGGUGCGGGGAGCUUCGCUCAAUGUGGCGCAUGCCGCGGCCAUUUGCAUCUACGAGCUGGCGCAGCCUUCGACUGCCACCGUGCUUGGCAAAAUGCGUGCUUUAGCAUGCGCAUGCACACACAGAGGGAAAGAGAGAGAGAGAGAGGGAGAGAGAGGACGACACUGGCUCAAGCUGUUUUGGCUCUUACAUGUUUCACGCAUCUUCGGUGGAGUGCACUGA